UAGAUUAAUAAAUUAAAAACAAAUAACAACAAAAUGGAAACGAUAAAUAACAAGUUGAUUAAGUGAAGUUCAGAAUGUAAAGCGCAUGAAAAUGUUUCAAUAAUACGAUAUCUUGACGACUUUUAACAAUUGAGCUCACCAAUAUUUCCUUUGGCAUUUUCUCCUCAAUCUUUUUUUUUUGUAUUAGCCUUCUUUGGUUUGGGUUCAAUUAGUGUACAUAUAGUUUGUCUAGCAUUAAAACAAUAAAAAAAAAAAUAAUAUUGUAUAGCGUAUACGUGUUUAAUGUGUAUUUGUGAUUUCGGGCAAAAUUAUUGCUAUUACUUACGUCGCCGUUGCUCGUAUGUGUGUUGCGAAAUUUUAAUGCCUAUUUUAAAAAAAGUGAGUUUUCGUAAAACAAUUUCAACAGCAAAAAUAGCAUAAACAACUUAUUUUGAAAAAACGAAAUAGAACAACAUACACAAAAAAUAGACAUAAAAAUUGAGCGUAAGAAGUUAGAGAAAUUCCAAUCAUGGAAAAAAUGGAAGUGGACGACGUGGUGGAUUUGAGCAUGGGAAGAGAUUCGGCGGUUUCUCUAUCAAAUGCAACAGUACGUGAUUUGAGGGCAUUAACUCAGAAUGCCGGCUUGACUAUCACACCGGCUCCACCAUCCGUCAAUAAUGAGCCAUACAGUAGACGCGUAUUACGGCCAAGAACUGAACCAAAAUCAUAUGCCGAAGCACCUGAUAUAGUUUUACUGCCAGCCAAAAUAAAUGGCCGCCAACAAAACGGCAACAUUGACUCGGAUACAGAUGAUGAGGAAAUGCCACCUAUUAUUGCAAUUAAGGAAUUAUCUGCGGCUGAAAUAUGGGAGCGAGAUAGAGGACUGAGAAAAUUGAGAGAAGAACUGAGAAAUGAAGAGACCAAAUUGGUUUUAUUAAAGAAGCUGAAGCAAUCACAACAAGUGAUGAAAGAGAAUUUAAUUGUAACACACACAAAUGCUUCAAAUAGUUCGAAUCCAAUAGUUGAGAUUCCGGCCGCUUUGUCACUUUCAUCCAAAGGUUCAUUAAGUGUUACACCUGCACCACCACCUUCGUCUUCAAAUCUUCAAAUUACAGCUCAUUCAAAAUCCAACCGAAAUUCAUCUCCUUUGAUUAGACAAACGGCUAGUAGCAGCGGAAAUUCAAGAGCAAGUGUAAAUGCUUUACCACCAACUCGUUCAUCAUUGCCAGGCGGCGCCACAUUAACGCCAGGAGGACCACCAUCGCAUCGAUCAUCAUAUGGACAAACUCGAACUGGUACUAAUUUGACAAUAACGCCAUCUGUAACUAUCACACCAACAACGGUUCCGCCAAGAAAAGAUGUUAUGCAAAUUAAUCUAUUGGACAAUGCCUCAAAAUUGAAUCAAGUAAGCAGUUCAGUUUCAAUAACUCCGGCCCCACCGCAUAUAUCCAACAACGAUCAGCUGAGCAAGAAUGACCGAUCGAGUUCUCGAGAAGAGGCUCAAACGCCGGCUCAACGUCAAGCGGCUGCAAAAUUAGCAUUGCGCAAACAAUUAGAAAAGACUUUGUUACAAAUUCCACCACCAAAACCACCACCACCAGAAAUGAACUUCAUUCCAAAUCCAAGCAACACGGAAUUUGUGUAUUUGCUUGGUUUGGAAACGGUUGUCGACUAUCUGACAAAAGAUAAAAGUUCACAGCCACCAAUUCAACAACCAUACCGUUGUUCGCAAUGUAAAAUUGACUUUACGCCACUAUGGAAAUGGGAAAAACAAGGCAAAACUGUCAAUGCUACCUUUACAAAUGCACCAAUUGGCAAAGAUUCAAAGAUUAUAUGUGAGCAAUGUGUUACGACGAAUGUUAAGAAAGCACUGAAGGCUGAACAUACGAAUCGACUGAAAACAGCAUUUGUCAAAGCACUGCAACAAGAGCAAGAGAUCGAACAACGUUUGGCAACGCAAAGCAGUCCCUCACCCACAUCACAUUCAUCGCAUUCGUUCACACAAUCACCGUCUGUAACGGCAACACCGGUUACAAUAACACCACAUCCGGCUCCAGCUAAAUCACAAACACCCACACAACGACCGACGCCACCUCUGCCACUUCCAAGCAAAUCGGCCACACCGCCAACAUCAAGACCGUCACGAUCACAACAGCAAUCUUCUUCACAACAAUCUGCAAUUCAACAAGCUUCGUUGGCGCAAUCAUCGUCAUCAUCAUUGCAACAGCAGCAGCAACAACAACAGCAGCAACAACAGCAGCAACAGCAACAACAACAAUUACAACAAAAUGAGGCUGCAAGUACGGCUGCUGCGGCUGCCCAACUGAAUGCUCUGGCCAAUCUUGGUUUGCAGGUUGGAAAUAUUGGUGCUCUAGCUGGUUUAGGUCAAUUAGGCGGUCUUGGCUUAGGAAAUUUGGGCAGUCUUGCCGGACUCGGUAACUUAAGUAACACACAAGCAGCACAAGCUGCACAGGCUCAACUUGCAAUGGCAACACUACAACAACAAUUUCUACGUUUGCAACAAGGAAUGGGCGCCGGAAACAAUGCUAAUGCGGCUGCGGCGGCUGCUGUAAAUGCUCAAUUAUUGGGCCAAUUCAGUCCAAUCCAUCAGUACAUGUAUCAAUUACAAAUGGCACAAGCUCUUGGAAAGAAGUCAUCCUCGUCCAAAAACAAUGCGCCCAAUUUUGAUAUUCGAACAUUGGCCGAAUUUCAGCGUCAAGUUUUAUUAAAUGAAUUAGCGCAACACCAGCAACAACCAUCGGGUUCAAGCAGUCGCCAAAACAACUGGAAACCAUAACCAUUUGGUGUGACAUAGAAUUGAUAUUCUAAAAGCAUCAAAUUAAAAAUCAUUUUACUGCAAUAGUCUUAACGAAACAACAAAGUUUAUUUAAACAAAAAAAAAAAAAACGAAGAAAGAAACAAAAAACAGAAAUAGUAAGUGACCAAAAUCAUUGCUCGAAAAUAUAUGAUUUUAAACCUUUUUUUUUAUCUAUCGAGAGAAGAAGAAAAUGGGAGAUUGUAGAAAAAAAUCAAUUCUUUUUUGUUCACAUUAUUAUAUUUAAAUUUCCACAGAGAAGAAGAGGGAAUAGAAAUAAUUUUUAGGAAUAAUUAUAAUAACCAAGGCAUGUGUACAAAACAAAAACAAACAAACAAAAUAUUCAAUACACAUAAUAUGUCGACUUAUCUCAUGAAUUUUGUACAUAAAUGAAUAAAAAAAAUAGUUUUUUUUUUGGUGAGAGAAUAAGUCCCAUACACUAUGACAUUUUUAUGGAAUACACAGUGAAAUGUUGUGGAAUGCACGCACGAUUUUCAGUGAAUUUUCGUAUUCCACUUUUACGUAAUUGUUCACUGUUUGACAUACAUGCAAAAAAAAUUCUCUGUAGAAAAUUAAAGAAAUGUUGACGAAAAAUUUUAUUGACGAAAAAAAAAUAUCAAAAAGAAGAUUGAAUCAAUUGAUAAAACUAUUUUAUAAAUUUAGGACAAACGCAGAUAGUAUGUGGAAAGAAAACUGACGAAAAAAAUUGUUUGAAUUUCAUAUGGUGCAUACCAUAUACAAGCGAGAGUAUCCUGAUCUGAGAUGGUUUAUUAAUGAAAGCAAACAAAUAAAAAAAUGAGCAUAAUUUUAAAGAGAAAUAUAAACAUAUAGUUCACAUUCAUUCUGUAUCUCUCACAUACAAUCACACAUUAAACGAUUUGUACCACUCGCACGAUAAGUACAGCCUUGCAUAAAAUAUUUAAUUGUAUAACAGUGGUGCGUUGCGUUUUUGCUCAAUUUCGCAAUGGAAAUAAAUUUUCUUUGAUAAUUGUAAUAUUUAAUUUUUGCCUUCUUCAAAUUCAACAAAUUGAUUGGCGUAGUGAUACCAUAUAUAUAUAUUUUUUUUCUUGAUAUGCAAACGACAAAAUCAAUUGACAUUUUGAAUGAGUUUGUUUUCGGUAUCGAUUACUGUCUAAAUGAGGUUGUAAAUCACUAAAUGCAUUGAAAUAAUAAUUAUAAUAUUGAUUUAAAAAAAAAAACAA